AUGUGUUUAACAUUGGUAAAACAAUUGCUGGAAAAAAAUGAGAAAGGGCAGGUUAUCGCUACUUGCCGUAACCCUAAUGGGUCAGCUGGCUUGCUUGAGUUGAAAAGUAAGUUUGCUGAACGGCUUGACCUGCAACAAUUGGAUCUUACAGUUGAAACCACCAUAGAGGAGUCAGCGAAAUCAAUUGCAGAGAGAUAUGGCUCUUUAAAUGUUCUGAUUAAUGCAUCUGGCAUUCUUUCAAUACCUGAUGUUUUGCAACCAGUGAUUAUCCUUACGUUCUUCAAUUUCAGUACAGAAACAACGCUUAGCAAAUUACAGAGAUCAUCCUUGAUGCUUGCUUAUGAGGUUAAUGCAGUAGGUCCUGUUUUAGUGAUGAAGCAUAUGUGGCCUUUGCUAAGCAUUGGAGGCCGCUCUGGGACUGACAGAGAUGUUGCAGUGAUCGCCAACUUAAGUGCUAGGGUUGGAUCCAUUGGGGACAAUUGUUUAGGAGGGUGGCACUCAUAUCGGUCUUCGAAGGCUUCCCUUAAUCAGUUGACAAAAACUGUUUCAGUGGAAUUUGCACGAAAGAAGGAUCCAAUUGUGUGUCUUUUACUGCAUCCAGGCACAGUGGACACGGAUCUUUCUAGACCUUUCCAACGAAAUGUUCCAGAAGGCAAGCUUUUCACCAAAGAGUUCUCUGUCCAGAAGCUCUUAAGCAUCAUCAGCAAUGCAAAGAGACAUGAUAAUGGCAAGUUUUUUGCCUGGGAUAGUCAAGAAAUUCCUUGGUAA